UUAUAAAGGCAGUGGGGAUGCCUGUCGAGAGUGAAAAGACCACCGCAGAAAGGAGAAGGGACGGGGUUUUGUUUUUUUUUCACCUUACAUUUCCCCUUUAAAGAGCAGGACUAAAUGUGACCUGAAGUCCACAACUCUGUUUCACUUUAGGGGUGCAGAGCAGCGGAGGUGACCCCUUUAUGAAGUCACUGUCUCCUGAGCUGGCAUGGAACCUGGGAAGACUGCAAAGAGGACGUUUUCGUUCUCCAUCGAAGACAUUCUAGCCAAGCUCCCAGACAAUGAUGGAGUCCGGGAGGACACUGGUGUUCCCCUGUCUGUCAUCUGCAUGUCUGCAGAACAGUCCAAGGAGGAAGUGGUGUUGAAGGUCAUACCUGUCUCUCCUGCAGAACCUCAGGACCAUUCCUGCUACUGCUGCUGCUGCUGCAUCCAAUGUGGUGAAACACCAGUUCCAGAAUACCCACCUGCCACUACUUGCCAGGUGCUGUGGGCCAGAAGGCUGUUCCCGGACUGUCCCCCGGCCGGGGACGCUCGCUCCCCCACCCGGCUCGAGGAAUUCUUCUUCAGCCAGAUCCAGAGACGGACUCGCCGCCACCGGACCAUCUUCACGGAGGAGCAGCUGCAGGCGCUGGAGGAGCUGUUCCGGCAGAACCAGUACCCCGACGUGACCACCAGAGAGCAGCUGGCCGCACGCACCCACCUGCGAGAGGAAAGGGUGGAGGUGUGGUUUAAGAACCGCAGGGCCAAGUGGAGAAGACAAAAACGCAUGACUUUGGCUUCAGGCGACACAGACCAUUGGAAAAUCAUCGAAAACACAGACUGAACAUCAAGUUCUCCACACACUAGAAUCCUGCAAUGAUUAUUUAUAGUGCAGGAUCGGAUCCUACACCCACCUGGACCUGUUUAAGUUUUUUUUGGUAUGGAAUACUGUGUUUCCCAAUGUGUUGAGUCUGAUAUCUGAAUUUCAAUAGCUGACGGAGGUUUUAAGCCUUACACAGAUGCAAACACUUUGAUAGUUUUAAUAACACAAGCCAAAAAUAUGAUGUUCCCCUCUGUCAAAUUUUUUGCUUAAUUAAAAUGCUCCAAACAAAAUUAUUAAAGAUAUUCCAAAGACUUCAAAAGCAGCACCUAUUAAUUAUAUU